UGCCAUCCCACUACUAUCAAUCAUUCCAAAACAUCUCUCCAUAAUCUCACAAAUCACUCCUUUAUUCUUCCCUCCUUCCUUUAUGUUUCCCACCCCAUAAGUACCAUUACAAGCAUGUAAGCAACUUCAAAACCCUUCUCUACCUCUUCCUCAAACUCCCUCAUCAACCAUGCCAAUCACAAGGUUUCCACACCAAGAAAGGAUCUACAAGAAGCAGUCCAACCAAAAGAAUGAUUCCGGCGAGCUCGACGUGUUCGAAGCUACAUGGUAUUUCGCCGGCACUGACAAGGGCUGUGAGUUCUAUGGUUCAAAUUUCUCUCAUAAGGCUAUGAGAGAAGAAAGGAAGGCAUGGGGAGGAGGAAGAAGGAUGAGCAUAGACAUGCCCAUGAGAAACCCACUUCCUUCUCAGGUCCAUCAGGUGGAAAAGCAAUUCAAAGACAAGAAAUACAAGCAGCCCAGCUCUCCUGGUGGCAAACUUGCUAAGCUUUUGAACUCUAUCUUCAGUCAUGCAGCCUCUAAAAAGAAGAAAUCAAAGUCUACUACUCAAUCUGUGAUAGAUGAAGAGAGCCCAGGAGGAUCAGGAGGAAGAAGAAAAAGGAGGAGCAGUGUUAGCCAUUUUCGAAGUGCCAGCACACCAGAUUCCAAGUCCAUUAUGUAUCUAUCUUCAAGCUCUGGUUUCAGAACACCUCCUCCUUAUGGAAACACUCCCACAAAGGUGCCUUUCUCCAAACACAAUGGGCAGGUAAGGCCAUCUAUGGGCUUACAACAUGAGUCAAUGGAUGAGAAGAGGAACAUGGAUUUGGCUUGGUUGGAUGAAAAAUUCAAAUUCUGCAAUGGGUUUUCAGAGAAAAGCAAGAAUUAUGGGAGUGGUGGGACUAUAGAGAAAGAUAGGAUGUGGGUUGAUGACUACACAUCAGAGAAGAACUUGAGGAAAUUUGAGGAAGCGGAUGAUGGAGGAGAGAGUGAUUCUAGCUCUGAUCUAUUUGAGCUUCAGAACUGUGACUUGGGUUUCUACUCUAGUGGUCUACCAGUUUAUGAGACCACACACAUGGAGAGCAUCAAAAGGGGAGCACCAACACCAAUUGCCAAUGGCAUCCGAUAAGAGAACUUUACCUUUUCCGAUUUGGUAAUUGGUUCAUGUGAACAGUCUCAACAGUUAUAUUUCUUCUUUGGUUUAUUUCAAUUUCUGUAGUGUAAGAUUGUUCUCUCAGCCUUCUCCGGCUCAAAUCUAAUUUUUAUUUUCUUUCA